AAAUUCCUACGCACGCAUGCGCUGCUUAAAAUGUCACAUUCCUGGCCCGAGUUGUCUGAAAAUUUUGUCUGUAGAAAUUCAGUGUACCAAUUGGUUUUAAAUUCAAGAAGAUCUAAGUUUUGUGGUGUAAAUUCUCUAAACAAAAGAUAUACAAACAUGCCUUGUGAAUCUUGUGGAAAAGCAUGCAAGUGCACUCCGCAGAAAUGCAGCGAGGGCUGCAAGUGCCCCAGUCCCGACAAGUGUGACUGCAAUGCCCCCAAGAAGUCGGCGGCUGCUUCGGGUGGCAAGGAGAGAAGCUCGGCGGGAGCCGAUGGCCAAGGCGGCAAGUGCUGCGGCGGAAAGAAAUAAUUCCGUAUCUCUGCUGGAGGAGGAAAAAUGCAUUUUCUUUUCUUUUAUUUUCGAUGGCCAUAACUGCUAGUGAGCUGUUAUCAUACAUAUAUUUAUUUAUUUAAUUGUUUAAAUCGAAACAAAACCAAGACUUUUCUAUACUGUAAACUGCACAAGAUAAACUAAUCACCUAUAUACCAGCA